GUGAACUUUAUUAAAGCUCCUGGACUCUCAUCAUGAAGGUUAUUGCAGCGGCCCUUGCCUUGCUCCUGACUUGUACACUUGCAACUAAAGAAGUGGCAAAGAAGAACAAAAAGUCUAAAUUAUAUGUUCCUCAGAUUGAAUGUGAUAUCAAAGCUGCGAAAAUCAUCAAUCCAGAAUUCAUUGCCAAGUGCCCUUCUGGAUGCCUGGACACCAAAUACCGAGUCUAUGGCACAGACAUCUAUGCUUCUUUCUCCAGUGUGUGUGGUGCUGCUAUUCACAGCGGUAUAAUUGACAAAUCUGGAGGGAAAAUUCUUGUUCAGAAAGUUGCUGGACAAUCCGGCUACAAGGGUAGUUACUCCAAUGGAAUCCAAUCACUGUCUUUGCCACGAUGGAGGGAGUCUUUCAUUGUUUCAGAAGGCAAACCCAAAAAAGGUGUGCAAUAUCCAUCAACUCUUGAGUAUUCAUCUGUCAAAAGCCCCUCAGUUAAAGGAGGAACUUCACUGCGCAGAGAAUAUCUGACAACUGCAGCACCAUUACCAGGUACCAAAAUAGUCACCUCCUUGCCAAAGCCCACCAUCAUGACAACAGAAUUUGUCAGCACAGUUCCAAAGCCAACAGCAGUCCCAACUACCAUCCCCACCACACUCACCACCAAAGCAAUGACCGUGGCAACCGCGAAGCCUCAGCAUGCAACGCACAAAGUCAGAGAUAUAGGUUCCAGCCACAUCCAUCCGGCUUACUCAUCAGUGGCAGCUGUAGCAUCAAGGCAGGUUCAGGCAGUACAAGGGAGGAGCCAGAAUCAAGCAUUCAGAAGCACUUCCAGCUAUGCAAGUAACAGAAAUAUCCCUCGCGCUAAUGCAGGUAUUCAGCGCCAAGAACCAAUUGCUUCAUUCAGGAAGCCUGCCAGUUCUCCUGCCAAUCUGGCUAUGGAAACAGACUUAUGGAAAUCUGGAUCAAGCAUUUUUGAAACAGAUUUCAGUUCCAAAGAAGACUUGGUCCCAAAACCUUUGGAGCCAGUUUCCCAGGGAAAUCCAAAUUGCAAAGUCGAUUUAUCAUUCUUGAUAGAUGGGAGCUGGAGUAUUGGGAAACGCCGCUUUCAGAUCCAAAAACAAUUCCUCAAAGACGUAGCUCAAGCCCUGGAUGUUGGUAUAGCUGGUCCUCUCAUGGGCAUCAUUCAAUAUGGUGAUGACCCAUCUACUGAAUUUAAUUUGAAGACCUAUUCAAAUUCUAAGGAUUUGAAAAACGCUAUUGAGAAAAUAUUACAGAAAGGAGGAUUAUCCAAUGUCGGGAGAGCACUUUCCUUUGUCAACAAGAACUUCUUUGAUGAUUCCAAUGGGAACAGAGGUGGUGCACCCAACGUGGCCAUAGUGAUGGUGGAUGGAUGGCCCACGGAUAAGGUGGAAGAGGCCUCAAGGCUGGCAAGGGAAUCUGGCAUUAACAUUUUCUUUGUCACCAUUGAAGGACCAGAUGAAAAUGAAAAGCAGAAUGUUAUUGAACCAAAUUUUGUGGACAAGGCUGUGUGUAGAACCAAUGGCUACUAUUCAAUCAAUGUUCCCAGUUGGUUCAGUCUGCAUAAAAUAGUGCAGCCUUUAGUGAAAAGAGUCUGUGACUCCGAUCGCCUUGCGUGUAGCAAAACCUGCCUAAAUUCAGCAGACAUUGGGUUUAUCAUUGAUGGGUCCAGCAGUGUGGGCACUGGCAACUUCCGCACGAUCCUCCAGUUUGUAGCCAACAUAAGCAAAGAAUUUGAGAUUUCUGAUACAGAUACACGCAUUGGCGCAGUGCAGUACACAUAUGAGCAGAGGCUGGAGUUCAGCUUUGAUAAGUACCACACUAAACAAGAUGUCCUGAAUGCCAUCAAAAGAAUCAAUUAUUGGAGCGGUGGGACCAGCACUGGAGCAGCCAUCAACUAUGCCUUUGAACAGCUCUUCAGCAAGUCCAAACCUAACAAAAGGAAGAUAAUGAUCCUGAUUACAGAUGGCAGAUCUUAUGAUGAUGUCCGGGGGCCAGCAACAGCUGCUCACCACAAUGGAGUCAUUGCCUAUUCAAUAGGAAUUGCAUGGGCUGCCCAAGAUGAGCUAGAAGCAAUUGCAACCGACCCUGAUAGACAGCACUCAUUCUUUGUGGAUGAAUUUGAUAGCCUUUACAGAUUUGUUCCGAGGAUCAUCCAGAAUAUUUGUACAGAGUUUAAUUCACAGCCACGAAACUGAGCAGAACAGCAUGUUCUAUUGCAUGCCAUGUCCAUUACUAUCGCACAAGAGUCAUCACACACAGAAUGCAGCACA